AUGGCUGCUGCUGCAAAAACGUUCGACACAAGACGUCAACGAUUUAGCGGUGUUACUGAAGAACCGGAUAAAGUUUUACCACCAUUACCACCAAUUAUUCAGACUAAUACAACCUCAUCAUUAUAUGAAGCAGUUAAACCAAUAAGUCAUUUAGUUGCAAAUUUACAAAAUAAAGUUGCAUAUGCACUAGAAAAAUGCAAAAAUCCAAAAGAUGAUUUAACAUGCGAUGAAUCUGCUGCUAUUUAUCUUUACACAUUACAAUGGACAGAAGGAGAAAAUUCAUUUUAUACAAUGUUUAAUCGUGCGUCGCGUAAUGAAAAUCGUACACAACUUAUACCGUAUUAUAAUUAUUUAAAUUUAUUUCUGCUGGCAAUGAAUAAACUACCAGCAGUUCAACACCGAAUAUGGCGUGGUGAAAAUAUUGAUUUGAAAGUUAAAUAUGAACAAGAACAAAUACCACCAGCACCAGAAGAAGUUGCUCAAAGUGCAGAUGCUGCUGGCACACGUGGUACAUUAUCAUAUAGCAAUUCUUCUCAAAUUAACGAUGUUCAUAUUCUAUGGCUUGAUCCAAAUAUUAGUAAAUCACAAGAAAAUGUUAAAACGCAAGAAAAAUUAAAAGAAUUGUAUCCUAGUUAUUACAAAUCAUUUGAAAAAUCUGAUGAAUUGGAAAAGUUUAUUGAGCAGAACCAAAGGUGUAGUGUGAUACUGGUUACUGGUGGACAAAUUGGACGUCAAAUUGUACCGAAAAUACACGAUUUAUUACAAGUAAUAUCUCUAAUUGUCUAUUGUAUGGAUAAAGAAAAAAAUGAAAAAUGGUCAGGACAUUAUAGAAAAGUAAAAGGAGUUGUUAAUCGUUCGGAUGAUAUGAUUAAACAAGUAGAAGAAGAGUAUGCACAGCUAGUAGAAGAGCAAAAACAGCAAAAACAACAACAACAAGUGACAGAAUCAACAAAAAAAUCAAUAAGGUAA